AAAGGCUCUGUGUAAUACACUACACAUAGUUGGGAGAAACAUUCUCUUCAUUUUUCAAUAAUCGUGUAUUACUCGAAAGCCCAUAGACCUUGAAGGCAAAUCGAUCAUUGCAGCUGCAAGGAGCAAACUAGCACAGCAUUUCGCUAAAAAAAAGAGUUUCAUUUGGAGUUGGAUUUAUGUAUUCAUCUCAGUAUAUCAUUCCGAAACCUGUGAGAAGCUUUUCGAUAUAGGUGGUUUGCACGUUACGUCAUUGCCGCCAUGUUGGUGGACGUAAACAAUAGACAUCUCAUUAGCUCCUUUUGUUCGUCCACCAGCAUUUGUUCCUUUCACCGUUGUUACCUGUGUCUCUGGAGAUUGGUUGUAAACCACCUAUACAUUCCCAUACAUCUCCUCCGUGUUUUUGGUUACUAGAUUAAAACGCUCCUCCACCAAUAGACCUGUUUAGCUUGUUCGUUAACACUAGAGAGCUUGGUUCUUUCAAUUUUCUUUUAAUUCACAGACUUAUGUACGCAUAAUUUAUGAAAGAUAAAGCCGGGAAUUCUCUUGAGACAUGAAAUGGGUACAAAAAAAAAUUCAAAGUAAAGAGGUCUAUUGUUGUUACCUUGCCUGAUAUUUCCAUGUCCUUACCAAUAUUACACACUUUUAAAAUCACUCAGUCUCCCCUCUAUCACUCCACAGUGUUUACACACGUCAGACGUCAGUUGGAUGAGAUGUGUCAAGUGUCUCUCACGCAAAGAGUGUCUUUCACUUUGUAAACAAACACAGAUGAGUUCUCGCUAAAUGACUGAAAUAUAAUGGCAAAGCUGAAAAGUUGUAAUAAUUUAAAGCUUAUCGCUGGAGUCGUCGCUUUAGCUGGCGUCAUUAUUCUCAUCGUUGGAGUAGUUUUGGUCUCAAAAGCCAAGAAUGAGGAAUGUACGAGUACCGAAGAACAUCCUGAGGGUCGAGGUAGUUAUUCCUCUGAAGCAAAGCGAGCGGGCUUGGAUAGAUUUCUGCAAAAAGUUCAGGACACGUACUUUGAACUUCAUCCGCAAAACUUGAUUUACAAACCCGGUGGUGUGAAACCAGACGAGUAUUUGACAAAGUUCAAACCGUACGAUCCGAAACCCGUAAACUUGAAGCGAAUCACUGACACUGCGCGACAACUGGUAAAUGAACUGGAAGAUUUGGGUGUCAACACGCUUCGCUUGAAGCCGCGUGAGAAGAAAGCCGUGGCUCAACUCAAGCACUACCUCCAAAACAAUUUCGGACAACCUUACGACUCAGAUUACUACGCUGGUGAUUUCCUUAUGGGGCCGAAUUUGUUUUGUUGGCAACCUAUUUGCCACGUUGGGUACUCCGAUAUCCGAAUGGGUCUCGGAAAUUUCCACCCUCGAGACCUAACCCAAUUACGUGUGUUUCUGGAUAAAACAAAGUUAGUGGCACACACGUUCUCGACGUAUAUCGAAAACUUGCGUCUAGGUAUCACAGCUGGUAUGGUGCGUUCUGUAGAAGAAUGCAAUGCUGGAUUAACAUCAUUCAAACGAAGAUAUUUGCAAGUAUCGCUUCAAGGAGUGAAAGGGAUUCAUUAUGAAUACUUCAUGAAGCCAAUAUUUUCUGAACGUUUCGUAUCUGAUUUAAAACCACACCACUUGGACGAGUGGAAAAAGGACACUGGGAAGACUGUGAACCAGUCCAUUCGGGAACACGCUGAAGAAUAUAUCGGCAAACCCAUCCAUGAUGUAAUCAGAUUCCUAGAAACAGAAAACCCCAAGUACUGUGUACCGAGUUCCAUCUCCAGCGGGCUAGCAGAGCUUCCACUCUCCAAUGUGUACUUAAAUGGGACUCGAACAGUGGUGAGCACAACUAAACAGCUGCCAACUGGGGAAACGUUGGACGGCAAGAAAGCGUAUGAAUCGAUCCUACCGUAUUUCACAACAAUUAGCAAAACACCGGACGAAAUUCACCAGCUUGGAAAGAAAAUGUUAACAAAAUUGUAUCCCCAGGUGAUGAGUAUGCUCGAUCCUGAGACGACCGACAUGUUUCACUUUUCUGGCCCUAAAUACACCACACCUAACUGUCCUGUGGAUAUGGCACCAAAUUUCAAUCCGUCAAGCGGGGCGCAGAGCUACUCAAGAAGUACAAAAUACUGUACCAGGAAUUCUCAGUACAGAAUUCCGUUUUUUCUUGAUAGGCCGGGACCCUUAUAUGAGGAAUGGAGUGUCAACGCGCAUGAAGCGCGACCUGGACAUCACACCCAGGUCCAGGGCUUAAUCGAACAUUUCCGAGACAACUGUGGAGGUGUGAUUAGUUGGCUGGACGCUAAUACUAGGUACACCGCUUUUUCAGAGGGCUGGGCGUUGUAUGCUGAGAACCCACUGAUUGCUCGCGACACAAAUGUCUAUGAAAAGGAACCUUUUCAAAAAUACGGAAUGCUCAAGUGGCAGGUAAGUUGGCGCGCCCUACGUCUCAUUGUUGACACAGGUUUGCAUUACAAAGGUUUCUCACGAGAUGAAGCGCUUCGUUAAUUCGCCGACUACGCGUGGGAUACAAGUGACAUCGCCCAGAAAGAAGUCACCAGAUAUCAGAGUGAUCCAGGACAAGCAACUGCAUACAUGAUUGGUCAGCUUAAAAUCAUGGAGCUACGGGAAUACACCACUAAGGAACUCGGUGACGAUUUCAGCCUGAAAGACUUUCACUUCUAUCUAUUAGCACAAGGUUCUGCUCCAAUAAGCUUUCUAGAGGACAGUAUUCGAGAGUACGUUCGCUGUGCAAAGGACAAGGAACAAGAAGGUUGUGAUGCUGUCCUCAACCCUGUUGUCCCGGAUGAAGAGCAAGUCACUGAAUUUCUCGGGGUGAUUGGGCAAGAAAGCUUUGAGCCAAUAGAGAAGCCCCCGCGAGAGGAUUACAGAUAGAGUUCCUUUCUGUCCAUAUUACAUAGCGAUGGCGCCCGUGGGCGGUGACAUGGUAACAGAGACCGUCAGUUCCUAGAUGAACUGUAUCGGCCUCGACCGAAAGGGACGAUGCCAUAGUAAUAGUUAUCUAUUUACGUGGAGCACCAUAUAUUAGAUUUUCAUGACAGAGACAGAGAGAGUAC